UAAAAAUGCUAUUUAAAGAGGUCGAAAAGUGCAAGAUUUUGGUCCUUGGUGACCCAAAAGUUGGCAAAACCGCACUCAUUAGACGCCUGAGCGAGUACACUUUUGAUGAAGAAGAGACUCAUAAAGUUGGCAUUGAUGUUGUCAAAAAGCACGUGACCUUCGGUAAAAAUAAUUAAAGACAACAUCAAGAAAAGAUUCACCAUAGAAAUCUGGGACACCACCAAUCAGGCUGAAUUCCAGUCGCUUAGCAGUGGAUUCUACAGGAAUGCCGAUGGAGUAAUCAUCUGCUUUGAUCUUACUAAUUAUGAGUCUUUUAGCAAUAUCGAUUAUUGGAGGAAUAAUUAUGAAAAGUUCACACCUCCUCAAAAAGUCAAGGAGACUCCGAUAGCACUGUUUGCUACCAAAUGAGACUUAACAGACGAUAUCAGCGUUACUAGCAAAAUGAUAGAGGACUUCGAAAUGGACAAGUACAAAACUUCUGCCAAAACAGGUGAAAAUGUCGAAGAAGCCUUCAAAGACUUUAUUAAGAAAAUAUGGAUGCUGAAAAGAGCACAGAAGAAGGAAAGAGAUAAGAAUAGAGAUAAGAAUAAAGAGAAGGAGAAGAGUGAGGAAAAUGACCCGGGCUCUAGACAAGUCAUUACCCUCCAACCUCAGAAGCAUCAGAAGUUUGAAGAUAAGGGAAGUAUGGCGGAUUGAUCUAAGUGAUUCACUUGUGGGUAAAUUUACUGAAGAGGUGGCCCGAAAAAGCCA